AUGACGGAUCCGGCGCCCUCGAAGGUGAAGGUGGUGGUACGCAUUCGGCCCUUCGUGGCGAAGGAGGUCAACAAGCGUUGCGUGGUGGUGUCAGAGAAGUCGUCCAUCGAAUUGCGCCAAACGUACGAUUCCGAUUCGCAGCAGGAAGAUCUGUUCAAGAAUGAAAUUGAGCCCAUGAUUGGCUCCGUAUUCAAGGGCAUUCACACGACCAUCUUCGCCUACGGCAUCACCGGCGCAGGCAAGACCUUCACGAUGCAGGGCUCGGACGAGCAGCCGGGCCUGAUCCCCCGUGUGGCGAGGAAGGUGGUGUCGCUGGCCGCCCAGCACACGGCCGCGUUGGCCUCCAAGGGGACGCACGCCAGCAAGUGUUCCGUCACCGUCUCCUACCUGGAGAUCUACAACGAGAAGGUGUUCGACCUGCUGCGGCCCAAGACCAAGGACCUGCCCAUUCGCGAGGACACCAACAAGAACAUUAUCAUUCCCGACCUCGCCCAGUUGCCCGUGCGCACAUACGAGGACUUUGCCAACACCUACGCCGAGGGCUGCAAGAACAGGACGGUGGCGCCUACGAGCCUCAACGCCCACUCGAGCCGCAGCCACGCCGUGCUCAUCUUGACGGUGAAGCACAGGGAAGGCAAGCGCAAGUACGUCGGCAAGCUGCACCUGAUCGAUUUGGCCGGCAGCGAGGACAAUCGCCGGACGGACAACAUCGGCAUUCGGAUGACCGAGAGCAGCAACAUCAACAAGUCCCUGUUCGUACUGGGCAAGGUCGUCAACGCGCUCAAUGACGGAUCGAGCCGGGUCCCGUACCGCGACAGCAAGCUCACGCGGCUGCUGCAGGACUCGCUCGGCGGCCGCAGCUAUGGCGUGAUGAUCGCCAACAUCUCGCCCUCGGUCAACCACUACCAGGACACCUUCAACACCCUCAACUUUGCCUCCAAGUCGCGCCAGAUCAUCAACAAGCCCGUCGUCAACACCGUCGACGACGAGGCCUCGCGCAAGGCGCUGUUGGAGGAGUACUUGGAGCUGAAGAAGCGCAUGCCCGGUGCGGCCGGCAAGGAGAACCGCAGCAACGGCAACAACGGUAACGGUAACAACAGGCGCGUUGGGGCCAAGGAGCGAUCAUCUGGCGGCGGUGGCGACGGGCAGAAGAUCGACGUGGGCGACCUGGAGGCCUUCAUCGCGCAGAAGACGAAGGAGGCGCUCGAGCAGCGGAUCAAGGACAUGUUUGGGGGCGAGGAGGUGCUCAAGUCGAAGAUGGAGAACGAGAACUUCCGGAUGCUCAAGGAGCUGGAGCGGCGCCUGGUCGAGACCAACAAGCGCCACCUGGAGCAGUGCUUCGAUGAUGACGACGAAGACGAAUGCGGCAACAACGUCGACCCGGCAGCCUCGAACGGCAACGGAGAUUCCAAGGCUCUGCUUUUGACGCCGUUCACGAAAGUGACGACGGGCGUGGACAUGGCCCGCCGGGCGAGGAAGUACGCGAAGAAGGGCCAGUACGAUCGGGCUAUCCGCUACUACAACCGACUGAUGAAGGUGAUGCCGGAGAAGGAGCCGUCGAUCAGAAAGAAGAUCGCCAAGCUGGAGGAGCGUAAACGGACCGAGGCCGCAACACCCGCGGACGUCAACGCUCUCAAGGAGAGGAGAGCCAAGAAGGAUGCCUCCACGCCAUUCCAGCCGUCGAGCUUGUCGUCGCUCAUGCAGUCGUUGACGCUGUCAGACGACGGCAAGAGCAAGAACAAGACACUACUGACCGGACCCAAGAAGCUGUCCUUUGACAACUGCGACGAUCACAACAACGCCAGCGGGACCAAGCAGCCUGCCACCCGAAAGGCGAGCGCGAGCGCGGAGCGAGUGGGAGUGGAACAGAGGAGGCGCCAGCAGACGCCGGCGGCCAAGACGAGCAGCAGGCCCGCAUCGGCGCAGAGUCUGAGCUCGAGCAAGGGCGCGACCAGGAUCACCACCGCCACUACGAAGAGGGAGCCAUCGAAGGCAUCCGCAGAGACGGCCACGGCUGUGGCGCGCGAGAAGGUCCGCCUCAGGCCGUCACCCGCCUCAGCUAAGGCCGAGGUCACCGAGAGGAAGGCGGAGAAGGAGGUUCUGCGAGUCGAUGAAGAGGAAGAAGUGGAAGAAGAAGAAGUGAUGGAAAAGGUGGCCAGCGAUCAGGAAAGCGUGGAAGAGGAGGAGGAGGAGGAGGAAGAAGAAGUGGUGAGCGAAGAGGAAGAGGAAGAGGAAGAGGAAGAGGAUAAGAACAAGAAGAGCAAGAUGAGCUCGCGACAUCGUUUUAGCGAAAGCGAAGACGAUGACGGAGACGACAGCGAGGACGAUGGCGACUACCUGGACAUCAAGGUUUCCUCCCGGCAGAGCGCACAGAGGAUCAAGAAGGCCGACACCGACAGUGAAGAGGACAAUGACCGCGAAGACCACGGAAUCGCCACCAACACCCGCCAGGGCGCCGACGAGCGUGAAGAGGAUGUGUUGCACGUGGUGAACACGGGCUCGAUGAAGGACCUGCUGGCGCUGCACGGCAUCGGCAAGAAGCGGGCCGAGGCCAUCAUCGACAACCGACCAUUCCGCCAGUCGACUGAAAAUCACAACAUACAGCUGGUCGAGCUGAAGAAGAUAGGACUGGGCGAGAAGCUCUUUGAGGCCUUCAUGAAGCGGAACGUGUGGGAGGUCGUCUGA